AGCAGCGGGGACCCAACUUUUCAGCCGCCGAGGACCAUGACGGGGACUUCGGUAUGCUUGGCAGUUCUGCUGGCGGUGGGCUCGCACUUCAGCCUCGAUACACCAUGGUGCUCUCCUAUCAAGGUAAAAUAUGGCUAUGCAAAUUGCAGAAGUCCUCAGGAAGGGUAUUACAGAAAUGUCUUGGGGACCACAUGUGAUAUUCGUUGUCAGAAAGGUUAUGAACUACAUGGUCCUCAGCAUCUUAUUUGCCAGUCAAACAAACGCUGGUCUGGGAAAGUUCUCUGCAAACAAAAACGCUGCCCAACACUUUCUAUGCCACCUAAUGGAGGAUUCAAGUGUGUCGAUGGUGCAUACUUUAAUUCCAGGUGUGAGUAUUAUUGCUCACCAGGAUAUCAGUUAAAAGGAGAUAGAGUAGUACAAUGUAUGGAUAAUAAAGCUUGGAGUGGAAGACCAGCUUCUUGUGUUGAUAUGGAGCCUCCAAGAAUUCAGUGUCCAAGUGUAAAGGAGAAAAUAGCAGAACCCAAUAAAUUAACAUCCCGGGUAUUCUGGGAUACUCCAGAGGGACGAGAUACUGCUGAUGGCAUUUUGACAGAUAUUGUCUUGAAAGGACUUCCACCAGGAUCAUAUUUUUCAGAAGGAGAUCACAAAAUCCAAUAUACUGUGUAUGACAGAGCUGGGAAUAAGGGAACUUGCAAAUUUUUGGUCAAAGUCAGAGUUAGGCGCUGUGGAAAAUUGAAUGCCCCGGACAAUGGCUACAUAAAAUGUUCUGGUGAUGGCGACAAUUAUGGUGCAACUUGUGACUUUUCCUGCAUUGGUGGGUACGAGUUGCAGGGAAGUCCAGCAAGAGUUUGCCAGUAUAAUUUAGGCUGGUCGGGAACAGACCCAACCUGUACACCUAUGAAUAUUAAUAUCGGUGUGAGGACAGCAGCAGCUCUUCUAGACCAGUUUUAUGAAAAACGAAGGUUGCUUAUUAUAUCCACUCCUGCUGCAUCCAAUUACUUUUACAGAAUGCAGCUGGGAAUAUUGCAGCCAGCUCAAUGUGGUUUAGAUCUGCGGCAUGUUACAGUGAUUGAGUUGGUUGGGGUUUAUCCAGCACAACUGGGAAGAAUAGGAUUAAGACUGAUGCCUGCUGCCUUGGCUGUACAACUCAGGUUGUUACUUCGUAUCCCUCACUAUAACUUUUAUAUGGUAGUAGUUGAUAAACAUGGUGUGGACAAAGAACGAUAUCCUUUUCCAGCAACCCCUGCUGAGCUCUUUGCACUCGUUGACACUUUCCCUUUGAGAAAAGAAGAGAUGAAAUUGCAAGCUGAAAUUGGCCGGUCUUGUCCCUGAUUUCAGACUAUAGACGUUCAGAUGCUGCCUAAAUUUUUCUGGUGCUACACAAAGCGUGAGAUUAUGAAAGUCACUGCUGUACAGAACCCUUUUUCUUGUAUGUAUGUGUUUAGGCUAUGGAUGUUGCAAAACUUCUCAUUUAACCUAUAAAUGAUGCCUCUUUAUCUUGUCAAAGAUACGAAAGGUUCUUGUAAGGAUAUUGAAUUGCUUUGGUUGACCCUCCCAUGUAAAUGUUUUCUUUCACAGAUCUUUUAUUAA